AUGGUUAUGUCCAAACUUAGAGUGUUAGACGGGACCAUAUCAAUAAAGUUACAAGCACAACCACAUAUUUUAUCCUACACUUCGGCGGUUAAUGAAUUGUUACAAAACAGUAUAGAUGCCCAUGCUUCUACAAUAUAUAUUGUCUGUGAUUUCUCACAAGGUAAUAUAUUGUGUAAGGAUAAUGGUGACGGUAUACCACAUGAAGAUUUAAAUCGUUUGGGAAAGCAGAAUUAUUUGACUUCAAAGAUCAAUCAAUUGAAUGAUUUAACUAAAUUGAGCAGUUAUGGUUUUAAAGGGAUUGCAUUAUAUUCAAUGACACAGCUAUCAAGAGAACUAUAUAUUGUCUCAAAAUGUCCUGGAUACGGCUCAACUUGGCUUAAAAAAUUACAAAGUAAUGAACCUUGUAAAAUGGUAUCUAAUGAAACAAAAGAAUGGAUACCUAGCGAUAAAUUAAAUGAAAUAUUCACCCUAAAAUAUAUCCCUUUAAAUGAGCAUGGAACUACUAUUUUAAUUCAUGAUAUGUUUUAUAAUAUACCAGUAAGAAAGAAAAUAGUCCUUGAGGAACCUUUGUUUAAAAUAUUCCAUCAAUUAAAAAUGAGUUUAUUUCAAGUUGUUCUAAAAAAUCCAAAUGUUACCAUUACUAUUGACUACCUUCAUAAUGGAAAACCAAAAAAUAUUAUACGUUACUCAAUGGCAAAUCUGCAAUCAAAUGCUUCUAAUUAUUAUGUUCGAUUAAUACGGCAUGUUUUUAAUCCAAUUACACCAGACAAUGUUAUGAAAAAUGUAGCGUUAAAUUUCAAACAGUUUAAUUUGAAAGGAAUGAUAUCUACUUACCCUUUAAAGACUAAAGACUUGCAACUUAUUUUUAUUAACGGCAGAAAGUAUUAUGACCCAACUUUCAUUAAGUUAAUAAAUUCCUAUUUUUUUUCUUCAGGCUGGCCUGGAAACAUUAACAUGAACUGCAGUAACUACCCUUCGUCUACUGCCACGUCAGGGAAAAAUGUUCGGUGGUUUCCUUUUUAUGUUCUAGAUAUAACAUCACCAUUAGAUGUGAAUGAUUUUUUGCAAGAACCUGAAAAAACUAUAAUACGACCACAUAUGGAAAAUAUUAUACAGAAAUUGAUUUUAAAAGUAUUUUCAGGUUUCCUAAGUUUACAAGGUUAUCCUGUUGCUAUGGCUACUCAACCUGUAACAAGCUCAUUCAAAGAAAAAUCUUUGCCAUAUUGUGCAAAGGAUAAUUCCAACAAAGGCGAAUAUCUACAAAUAGAUAAAUCUACUCAAAUAAAUUAUAAUGACGGAUGUACUCUUGCCAAAAAAAUUGCUGAUAUAAUGUUAAAAAGAAAUUGCAAGAAUAAACUCUUAUCAACUACUCCAAUUUCCAAAAAGAUAAAAUUAGGUAAUACUACCUGGAUUAACAUUAAGAGGAUAAACGAAGACAUAUUAAAUAAACUAACAUACGAACUUAAAAAAGAUCAUUUGUCUAAUUGUGAUAUCAUUGGUCAACUUGAUAAAAAAUUUAUAUUAGCUAAGUUUAGCAAACUUUCAACAACAACAUUAUUGAUCCUAGAUCAACAUGCUUGUGAUGAAAGAAUUAAACUGGAAUCUCACUUACAAAACUAUAUUAAUGAUAUUAUUGAUAAUGCCUUGUUACUGAAAAAUAUACCAAAACCUUUACUGAUUAAAAUAAAUCAUGACGAAUUUCAACUUUUUAGCUAUUAUAAAGAAGAAUUUAUGAAAUGGGGUAUUAAAUAUUGCUUACUUGAAGAAGCAGUAAUAAGCAAUGAAGAUAAAGCUAAUAUCCCCGAGAAAGUUAAGAAUACCCUAAAGAUAACUGCAUUGUCAGAAUUUAUCUUUGAAAGAUUUGGCAGAAAUCAAAACUUUAUUAAAAAUGUUAUGAUACAUCACAUGGAGGAUCUAAAAUGUUCUAACAAGAUAUCAAUACAGAAAAGAUUUAAUAAUAGAAUAAAACAUCAAUCCUGGUACAAAUAUACUAAUAGCAUACCGUCAUUUUUAAUGGAUUUUUUCAAUUCAAAGGCUUGCAGAUCUGCUAUAAUGUUUGGUGAUGAAUUGACAAAAUCUGAAUGUCAAGUAUUGAUUAAUGAUUUAAGCAAGUGUGUUUUACCUUUUCAUUGUGCACAUGGGCGACCUUCUAUUAUUCCAUUAACAGUAAUAAAUGGAGAACAAUCAUUCGCUGUUGAUAGUAAUAUGAACAACGGAGGAAAUCUGUCAAUCGAUACACCAAUAGAUUAUAUUAUCUAA